CCAAAUAGAAGAGAAAUGUUUCAUAUUCUGUCAGAUAUAUCUCCUUAUGAUAAACUACUAAUUUUAACGGUAGCCAACAUAACAGGUAGUAAAAAGUUACCAAAUUAACGCAGAAAAUUGAAUAUUUAAAAUAUAAAACUGAAAUAUCUGAAACAGAGUAUAUAUACAUAAAUAGUAUUUGUUUAUUUGAUAAAACGUUUGAUGUGCAACAUAUAUAAAUAAAAAAUAUUUUAUUUUAAGAAGAAAACUAAUUUAUAAGUUGUAACUUCAAUAUAAACAGGUGAAAGAAUAUUGAAUAAUGUUGCCACAUCUGAUUCAAUGUAAUGAAUAUUUAUUUGUGUCAAUGAAAAUAUGUAAAUAAAUGUUAGGUAUAUCGAAAAAUUGUAUAAACAUCAACAUUACUUUACCGUUACUGAAAUACAAUGUAGUAUAAGUUGCUAUAGUAAGUACAUAUAUAGGUGAAUUCAUCUUGUAAGCGCCUGCUCCGUGGAUAUUAUAAUAUCACGACGGAGUUUUGUUGAACGUUGAACGAUAGUUUUUCAAGAAGUAUUUUUUAGCGAGAAACUAAAUACAUAACGGUGUUGUUUUAUAUGAUUUGUAAGAAAGACAUAUCUAAAUGGAGACGCAAAGCAAUGUUAUAAGGCUAUCGAAGGAAGAUAUUCCGUUAAUAUCUAAACCGCGAAAUGACAAUUCCUGGACAAGAUGUUGUACCUGGAUGUUAAGAAGAUGUUGUAGAGAACGUGAGUUAAGAGCUAGAGUUAUUCACAUUGGUCAGCCUAUGCAUGAAAAGUUUCCUACUAAUGUCAUAAGGAAUCAAAAAUAUAAUGUUGUUACAUUUUUGCCUUUGGUUCUCUUCCAACAAUUUAAAUUUUUCUUAAAUCUAUACUUUUUGCUUAUGGCUAUAUCUCAGUUCAUACCAGAUAUAAGAAUAGGAUACCUAUAUACUUAUUGGGGACCUUUAUGUUUCGUGUUAACUGUUACAAUUUGUCGGGAAGCAAUUGAUGAUUUCAGACGAUACAAGAGAGACAAAGAAGUGAAUGCCCAGAAAUAUUACAGAUUAGUGAAAGGUUUUGAUACCCCAGAGCUAAUACCAAGUUCUAAAUUGCGUGUGGGUGAUUUGGUAAUUGUGGAGAAAGGUCAGAGAGUUCCAGCUGAUUUGGUUUUAUUACGAACGACUGAGAAAUCUGGCGCGUGCUUUGUAAGAACAGAUCAGUUGGAUGGAGAAACGGAUUGGAAACUGCGAUUAGCCGUACCUGCUACACAAAAAUUGGAGAAUAAUUCACAAUUGUUCGAUAUAAAAGCUAGUAUAUAUGUGGAAAAGCCACAAAAGGAUAUUCACAGCUUUAUCGGAACAUUUACGAGGUACGAUGGAUACAGUAGCGAAGAAAGUUUAGGCGUUGAUAAUACAUUAUGGGCAAACACAGCUGUUGCGUCCGGUUCGGCGCUCGGUAUCGUUGUAUACACAGGACAAGAGACUAGAUCUCUCAUGAAUCAUUCUGCGCCACGAUCAAAAGUUGGUUUACUAGAUCAAGAGAUAAAUCAGUUGACAAAGGUCUUAUUUUGUGCUGUAAUUGGAUUAGCAUUGGUAAUGAUGUCUUUGAAAGGAUUUAACGGGCCAUGGUAUCGUUAUAUGUUUCGUUUCGUUUUAUUGUUCUCCUAUAUAAUACCAAUCAGUUUAAGAGUGAAUUUGGAUACGGGGAAAGCUUUUUACGCGUGGUGUAUACAAAGAGACAAGGAAAUUUCUGGAACGGUUGUAAGAACCACUACCAUCCCGGAGGAACUUGGUCGCAUUUCCUAUCUGUUAAGCGACAAGACGGGCACAUUGACACAGAAUAAAAUGGUUUUCAAGAAGUUGCAUUUAGGAAUGAUAUCUUACGGUCAAGAGACGUUCGACGAAGUUAUGAAUGUACUAAAAACCUAUUACUCUUCUACGUCUGAAACAUCACCGGUAAAGCCGUCGAUAUCUGCGCACAGUGGAAAAGUAAGAAGAUCCGAAAGUACAAGGAUAUACGAUGCAGUGCACGCUUUAGCAUUGUGCCACAAUGUAACACCGGUUUACGACGAAGUAAAUAAAGCAACUAAUUUGGACACAGUAAGCGUCCAAACAGGAGAAACAGGAGAUUCUGGUUCUAUUCAAAGUCAAACAGAAGCGGAUCAGCAUUAUUAUUUGCCAGAACAGAAACGCAAUUACCAGGCUUCCAGUCCGGACGAAGUGGCAUUGGUUAAAUGGACGGAAGAAAUGGGAUUGGCAUUAGUGAAACGGGAUUUAAAUUUUAUGCAGCUGAAAGCUCCAAAUGGAAAAAUUUUAAACUAUGCGAUUUUACAAAUAUUUCCAUUCACAUCGGAGACCAAACGAAUGGGGAUAAUAGUAAAAGAAGAAUCCAGUUCUGAAAUAAUAUUUUAUCUGAAAGGGGCGGACGUAGUGAUGUCCGGAAUAGUGCAGUAUAAUGAUUGGCUUGAAGAAGAGUGCGGCAACAUGGCACGUGAAGGCUUAAGAACGUUAGUUGUUGCAAAGAAGAAUCUAACGGAAGAACAGUAUCUUGAUUUUGAAGCAAGAUACAAUGCGGCCAGGAUGAGUGUCAGUGAUCGUGUCUCAAGAGUCGUGGCGGUUAUUGAAAGUUUAGAAAGGGAGAUGGAGUUACUAUGCGUGACCGGUGUUGAAGAUAGAUUACAGGAUAGAGUAAGGCCAACGUUGGAAUUAUUAAGAAAUGCUGGAAUUAAGAUAUGGAUGUUAACGGGUGAUAAACUGGAAACCGCUACUUGCAUAGCAAAAUCUUCACGUUUGGUUUCACGAACACAAGGUCUUCACGUAUUUAAAUCAGUGGUAACUCGCACAGACGCACAUUUAGAAUUAAACACAUUUCGUAAAAAACAAGACUGUGCCUUAGUUAUCAGCGGAGAUUCUUUGGAGGUUUGCUUGCAAUAUUAUGAACAAGAAUUUUUGGAAUUGGCCUGCGGUUCACCUGCUGUUGUCUGCUGUCGAUGUUCACCCACUCAGAAAGCCGAAGUCGUCAGUCUUAUUCAAAGACAUACAGGAAAAAGAACCGCAGCUGUCGGAGAUGGUGGUAACGAUGUAUCUAUGAUACAAGCAGCAGAUGCUGGUAUAGGUCUGGAAGGUCUUGAAGGGAGACAGGCUUCUUUAGCGGCAGAUUUUUCUAUUUCUCAGUUUAGCCAUUUGGCUAACCUCCUGUUGGUUCAUGGACGAAGAAGUUACAAACGGUCUGCCGCUUUAAGUCAGUUCGUUAUUCAUAGAGGUUUAAUUAUCUCAACCAUGCAAGCUGUAUUCUCUGCAGUUUUUUAUUUGUCUUCGGUAUCCUUGUAUCAGGGAUUUUUAAUGGUUGGUUAUGGAACGAUAUAUACAAUGUUUCCCGUAUUUUCUUUGGUGUUAGACAAAGAUGUAUCGGGAAAAAUAGCACUUACUUAUCCGGAACUUUAUAAAGAACUUAGUAAAGGUCGAUCGUUGUCUUACAAGACGUUUUUCAUGUGGAUUUUAAUAAGCAUAUAUCAAGGUGGUGUUAUAAUGUACGGGGCCCUUAUAAUGUUUGAAGAUGAAUUCAUUCAUAUAGUGGCAAUUAGUUUCACCGCACUUGUUUUAACGGAAUUAAUUAUGGUAGCCUUGACGAUCAGAACAUGGCAUCAUAUUAUGAUACUUGCAGAAAUUUUUUCAUUGGCACUAUAUCUGUUAUCUUUGGUCGUUCUUAAGGAUUAUUUCGAUGCCGAGUUUAUCAAGACAACGGACUUUUUGUGGAAAGUAUUGUUGAUAACUUUAAUUUCCUGCAUGCCAUUGUAUAUUUUAAAAUUCUUGCGAAAAAAGUUUUCACCUCCUAGUUACACUAAAUUAUCUUAAGCUUCAUACAGCUAUCUCAUUUGGUACAUACAAUUAACAAUCGUACAAAAAAUUGAAAGCUCUACUUUUGUUGAAGUGAUAAAAAAAAAGAUUUAUUUGCAAAGUUA